AUGGAUCCUACCCUUCCCGAGCAUGGACCCCAGCCUCAACAAGCUCAAAAUCCUUUUGCAGCGAGUGAGCCAGGGUCCCCUGCGGCUACCAACCUUCAGACGAUGGAAAUCCUAGGUCAGAUGGUUCAUCAGAGCCAAGAACAGGUGAGAACAUUGGGGUAUCAAACCCAGGAGCAGUUGAGAGUUCUUGGGAGGACUCUUGAGGUGGUGACCUCUCGUGCAGGGGAUCGUGGGGAGGCGAAUGCUUGGAGUCGGCUUCUUCCUCGGCCAGACAUUUUCAAGCCCCAGUCCCGAGAUGAGGAGAUCAGCGGUUUUCCAGAAUGGGCUUGGCAGUUUAAGCAGUACCUCCGUGCCAUUGACGGUGACAUGUCUAACACUAUCGAUGAAGUUGAAGGUGCACUUGGUAAAGAAUGUCUUCUUGGUAACAUGACUCCAGAAGUUCAAAACCAAGCUAGGAAACUGUAUGCGCUAUUGACUACGCUACUGCGUGAGAGACCUCUUCAGCUUCUUCGCUCGGCAGAGCAGGGGAACGGCUUCGAAGCAUGGCGACUUUUGACGACGACGCUAGCCCCAGCAUCUAAGUCAAGGUCGUUGGCACUGCUUGGAGCUAUCACUCAGUUUCCUGCUAUGAGUACUACGAACGUGCUUGAACAACUGCUACGUCUUGAAGAACUCUUUCGGAAGUAUAGUCAAGCUGCAGGUGCUGAGGUUCCCGCAGAGUUGAAGAGUGCACUUCUUUUGAGAUCUCUGCCGCAAUCUGUGAAGACACAUGUUUCCAUGACAUGCAACGAGAACUGCACCUAUGAGACCCUUCGUGAAACUGUUGUUCGGUGGGAGCGCAACACUCAGAAGUGGACCCAAACCCUUGUGAAUCAGACCUCGCCCUCUACAGACACUGGUGGGCCAAUGGAGUUGGACAGAGUCAAGGGCAAGGAUAAAGGCAAAGGCUACCACAACAAGGGCAACAACAAGGGUGACAAAGGGAAAUCUGGCGGCAAGUCUGGCAAAGGCUAUGGCUACUACCCACAGUCCGGGAAAGGGGGAUGGUCGAACAAGGGUGGUUGGAACCAUUCCAGCGGUUGGUCGAACAACAAAGGAAAGGACAAGGGCUACCACAACAAGAGCAACGACAACAAGGGCGACAAAGGGAAAGGCAAGAAAGGCAAGGGCAAGACCAAAGAUCCAAAUACAUGCCGAAUUUGUGGUAAGCCGGGACAUUGGGGAAAUGAAUGCUGGAUGAACAAGGGCCGUGUGCAGAACGUGUCGGAGGAGUGCGCCACCACAGUCCCCAGUUCCUCAGCCAGUUCUGUGUCCAGUCCCUCUACGGCAGCCUCAGUGAAGCGCGUGUUCAACCUCAUGGCUGAUGAGCAUGAUGAAGUGCUUGACUGUGAGAUCAACACGUACACAGUUCAUGACAUGACCACUACAGACACGUACCCUAGCGAUCUCGAUUGGCUGGUGCGCGGGGUGAGCCAACCUCAUGAGGCGCAGGGUCCCUGGGAUCAUGAUUCCAGCUACUGUGAGAUUGUGCUUGACAGUGGAGCCGAUGUUUCAGUGAUGCCAGCUGACUGGCUAGGGCGCGGUUAUGGUCAUGCUGCUGAUUGCCGUGUGCGCAUGCAGGAUGCUCAAGGCAAUGCUAUGCCUUGUAAGGGGUCACGAGUGGUAACUCUUGACCUCGGACCAGCUUGCAUCCAGGAGCAGUUUUACGCUUCAGCAGUCUCCACUCCUUUGAUGUCGCUAGGACGGAUGCUUAGGCAGGGCUGGUCUGUUGAACAACGCCAGGGUAAUCUUUGUCUGUGCAACACCGCAGAGGAGGUUGAGAUCCCGAUUUCAUUCAAGCGCAACAGCUUGGUCGUCUACGCAAGCGUGCACAUGGUCGAGGCCCCGGAUGCUCAAGAUGAAGUGCGACCAGUCGGGGCAGAGCGAGUGCAGGUGAAGUUCAACUUUCCGGUUGAUCAUGUUGAUGGUCAGUGGGGUUUCUUAGACAGUGGGGAUCCGGCAAUUCUCACAACCGGCAUGACAUAUGUAGAUCCUUCUCCUAAGAUGGGCAUUCAGCUUUGGAAGUUCCGCACUACAUGCAUCAAGAUUGGAGAUCAGUGGGAGCUGUGCGACUUCCAGGAACCUCUGGAUCAUUGCGAGUCAUUGGAGGAGUUGCUGCCCGGAGUGAUAAUGCCAGUGCCCAUCUUGACCAUCAUGCACCGGAAGGAUGUCACCUUCGAGCAGUGUGGCAUCGAAAUCAAGGGUGAGUUUAAGGCCGAGCCCCCAGUACCUCCUCAAGUGCCCCAGCCUCCUGAAGUAAUUGAUCUUCCGAUGGAACAACAAGAGGAUCAGCCGCCACCUGAAGCUCGUGCUGCUCCUCCUGGUGUUAUGCUUCGAGGACCAGGUGACGAUCAUGUUGAGAUCGAAGGGGUUAGACUCGGGCCUACAUCGACAUCUGCUGCCUUGAAGGCUGCAUGCCGUUCGCUUGGCAUCGGGACAUCCGGAUCAAAGGCUCAACUCUUCUCACGGUUGCUCGGACACAUGAAGCGCAGACACUUUGAGGACUCCUUGUCAUUGGAACAAGCUGCAAAGCCUCCGGAACAUCAACCUCGAGCCCAAUCUACUCCGCCUACUCCUUCUGAUGAGGAGGUAGCUUUGCAUGAGCUGACACACAUCCCUUUUAAGAGUUGGUGUCCUUACUGUGUCUCUUGUCGUUCACGUAAAGAUCGGCAUCAGCAAGGAGGGGAGAGUCAUGUGUCUCAAGGAGGUUUCCCUUGCAUUGCGUACGACCUCUGGUAUGCCAAGAUCACAGGCAGUGAGUAUCACUUCAUGGAGCAGUCCCCCUCAGAUGAUCAAGAAGUUCUUACGGUGCUCUCAGUUGUUGACAGGUCCACUGGUAUGUGCCGUGGUGUACCUCUACCCUCGAAAGGCCAUGAUUCUCUUGUUCAUGCAGCCAAAGAAAUCAUCAGCUUUGUUGCCUACCUGGGUUACCAAACCAUCGAGGUUCGCUCGGAUAAUGAGCCCGCCAUGGAGUCCCUCACCACAAUGGUUGUUCAGGCCAGAGCGAAGGUUGGAUUGAGAACGCUGUCGAAGCCUAGUCAACCCUAUGAACAUGCAACCAAUGGAGCAGCUGAACAGGCUGUUCAGACAUUGCGCGACUUGGGGAUCACUUUGCUUGAACAAGUUCGGACCAAGUCAGGUUUGGAGCUCAGGACCACCGACGACCUUGUUGGAUGGGCUUUCUCUCAUGCGGGGCAUCUUCACAACUGCUACUCCGUUGCAGGUGGCACUACUCCCUUCGAGAGGGCGUUCGGCGUCAAGUAUCAAGGCAAGCUUGCUAUGUUCGGUGAGUGUGUGUACUUCUCUUUGGCGACACCGCACAUCAAGAAGGGUAAGCCACGCUUUGUUCGAGGAGUCUUCCUCGGCAAGGUUCCGGCUAAUGACCUCAACGUUUGUGGGACGGCUCUUGGUGU